AACGUAACCUAACUUUUCUCCCUAUUUAAAUUACGUUAACCUAAAUAAAAAUGAUCCGAAAAUCAGCUUUAUUAGGAAUAUUAAAUUAUUGUAAAUAUGGCAUGUUGCACAAAUUACUUGUUAUAAACAAUUUUCCCCAAACACAUUUCCAUACCUCUACAGGACACAGGAAGGAUCCUGUCUCUAAGGACAUCGUUAUCUAUGAAAAUUUCGAAAGUAUCGAAAACAAAUCGAAAAAGACAUACCUCGAAAUGAUAAAAAUUUUCGAAACCAGAGGUACUCACCGAACGGGUCACGUAGAGUUUAUUUAUUCAGCCUUGAAGAAUAUGAAAGAGUUUAACGUCGAGAAGGACUUGGAAGUGUAUAAGGCGUUAAUUGACGUUCUACCGAAAGGAAAGUUUAUACCUACCAAUAUGUUCCAAGCGGAAUUUAUGCAUUACCCGAAGCAGCAGCAGUGUGCGAUAGAUUUGUUAGAGCAAAUGGAAGAUAACGCUGUUUUACCUGAUAAAGAAGUUGAGACUAUGCUGUUAAACAUAUUUGGAAAAAGAGGAUAUCCGUUGCGGAAACUUUGGAGGAUUAUGUAUUGGAUGCCCAAGUUUAAAAAUCUAUCUCCGUGGCCUGUACCGCAGCCUCUUCCGAAUGAUACAUUGGAAUUAGCUAAAUUAGCUGUGGCUCGAAUUGGAAGUGUCGAUAUUCAAACACAAAUUAGUGUCUUUCAAAGUAAAGAUAUACCAGAAGCACUUGAGGAUACUUGGAUUGUUAGUGCUCAAAGCCCCACGCAAUGUCGAUUGUUGAGCGAGCAUGACGUUUCCCAACCUAUUUAUGUAGAGGGUCGUUUCCGGAUUUGGAUGAAAAAUGUACCCAUUACUUACUUUAUUCUGAGAGGCGAUGCCAAGAUUGCACCAAGAUCUGUUGUGGAUUUAGACGAUGUUAGUAAUAUAUCGGUGCCAUUCUUUAGUUAUGGAAUUCCGCCGAAGCAAGACAUUGUUCCAGUUCCUUCAGUUCACGAGCAAGAAGAUGGGGUCAUUUUUGCCGUCUGUGUUACCGGUACGUCAGGACGAGAUUCCCUUCUAUCGUGGAUUAGACAUUUAGAAAAAAAUGGUAAUCCUAAUUUAGCUUCAAUACCUGUCGUGUUCACGUUAAAAUCUCCUGAAAAAGAUUUAGCAAAUAUUGAAACGGCGGUAGCGACGGAAAAAUGACCUCAAUUAGGCUUGUUUAGACUGUGAAGAGGUCGUUGACGCGACAAUUGUGAGACCUACUGUAGGUGCUUUUGAGUUUUCAUGUUACUUUCAAUUGGCAAUUCUGUGAAAUUUUUUACAGUUUGUCCAUAAAAUGUAUAAAUAUAAAUGAUAAAACAA